UAUUCUAAAAAAAGUGACUUCCGGUGGCCGUCGUGUAAAACUAGCUAGUGUUGUCUUCGCAGGUCUACCGGACACUUGAAAAUUGUCAAUACGUUGAAAAUGCAGUUAGUGACUUGUACAUACUUUUGCCGAUACUGUAGAAGAGUACGUGUGAGUGUGUAUAUGCGUUAAAACAGAUCAUUCCAAGAGGAGUACAGCAGUCGAGGACUUUGGUGUAUGGUAAUUAAAUGAUCCCCGAGGACCCUCCGCCGAUUGUGCGACGUGCCGGAUGCAGCAGCGCCUCCGAUCCCUGGUGGUGCGGCAUGUAUGGACGGACAAAACUGGACAACAAGCAAUGGAUUUUGGGAUUGGAGAUCUUGGCCACUAACAGAAUACAGAUUUAAAAAAAACAUCACUAUGAAACGCUUCUAUUUUUGUUUUAACUCUACUUCUGAACAAACUGUGUUAAAGGCACAAUGGCAUUUUCAACAGCUUUCCACUCAAAAGCAGCUUAUUUACAAUGAUUUCUUUCUUUGCUAGUCAUAUUGUGCUGCUUAGUAUAAAUGCACAUGGAAUUUGAUUCUCUUCCAUCAUUAGAGAGGAAAAUGUCAGCUGCUGAACUAAUGAACAGAUCACACGAGGACACCAUGGAUGAGCUAGACCAAAAUCCCACAAUGAAGCCCUGCACAAUCAUGGAGGACACAUGUACGCCUAACAGGUCUCCCAUAAAAAACAACUGUCAGCAUGAUAAUCCAGGGGACAUUUGUGAAAAGGACUCUUCUGAUAAUCAGGAAGAUCAGUGCAUUGCUCCAACAAAAUCCACACAUGACCCUACAGAAUUGCAAGCAGUUAAUGACAAACCACUGUCUGGUAUUUCCUGUGAUGAAAUGUCUGUAUUGAUGUCUGAUUCAAAAAAGGAUGAUUCUGAUGAGAAAACCAAUCACAAAUGUGACACUUUAGAGGAGACAAGUGAGGUGAAUAAUGCAUCAAACAGCUUAUCCCCAGCAUGUAUACCCCUUCCAGAGGCUGAGCAGAAGCACAGUGAUCAGCAGUGUGAUCAGAAACUUUUGCCUGUAGGUGAACAUCUUUCUGGGGAAAGUGAGGCAGUGAAUACUGAUAAUCCACUUGAAAAAGAUGCUUCCUCUUAUCGUGGCCGUCCACGCAAGGAAAAGCGAGUUAUUAAAUGUGAGUUCUGUGGACGUCCGUUCAAUCAUGCAUCGGCUUAUAUAAUCCACAGGCGUGUCCACACGGGUGAGAAGCCUUUCAGUUGCCAGGUUUGUGGUAAAGCCUUUGCUCAACUCUCCAACCUAAGAUCGCACACAAAGAUCCAUAAUGCACCCAAAAGUUUAACCUUGCAAAAUUCUAGUAUAUAUCAAACCAAAGUCAUUGUUCCUAAGAGUGUGACACCACCAAGGGAAAUCCAAGUAAGCAUAACUCCAGUUUUUAGAAAUGACUGCCCAGACAAAAGCAAUGAACUUCUCAAUAGAAGCAGAAAACCUGUAGCUUGUCCUAUCUGUGGAAAGGUGUUUCCCUACAAAUCAGUGCUUAAAAUACAUCUUCGGACUCACAGUGGAGAAAAACCAUACUCUUGCAGAGUGUGUGGCAAAGCAUUUACACAGGCAUGCACUGUCCGUGUCCAUGAAAGAGUACACUGGUCCAUUAAACCAUUUCUGUGUUCCAAAUGUGGGAAAGGAUUUUCACAGAUUGGGACACUGAAAGGUCAUACCUGUGACGGGAAAAGGCAGACCCAUGCUACUUUGAAAGAAAUGGAAAUGGCUGGUGUUGUAACCUUCAGAUGUCAUCUUUGCAAAAAGUGCUUUAGCACAAGAGAUGAGUAUGAUGUUCAUGUGCAGGCACACACAGAUAGUCACCGUUAUAGCUGCGAUAGAUGUGGCCAGAAAUACAGUCUUCGCUCUGAGCUUGACACUCACAUGAAACAUUGUUUUUCAAUGUGGCUCGCAACGACAAAGCCACGUAGUCAUUCUCCAGUCAAGGUGGAAACCAAAACCACUGAGUCUAGCAUAGAUCAAGACUCACAGGCUGCAGGAUUCACACCUAUAAAGGUGCAAAGACUCAACUUGGUUGAAUCUUGUAAACAAGAGUACCAGAAUAAGCAGAGUAAACCACAGUUUUUCCAGCCUCAGAAACGUAAGAAAUACCCUUCUCUGCUGGCCUGCCCCUCAAAGGUGAUAGCCACCUCUGCUUAUGAUCCUCAAAACAACCUUAGUCAUUGUCAACCUUUUAAAGCAAGUUACAUUGUAGCUCUGUUAAACAGUCUGGACCAAAAAUCUGACCCAAGGAAGUAUUUGUGUCCACGCUGUGGACGGCUUUUCAGGCAUGUAGGAAGAUUGAGAGCUCACAUGCUAAGUCAUGCUCGGGGUAAGAGCUUUACCUGUGGACACUGCGGGAAAAUCUCAGAAAACUGGAGCAACUUUUGGCAUCACCAGCGCAUGCACAAACAAAGACGAGGCCGCUUCUUUUGUCCGAAAUGUGGUCGGGGUUUUCGCUUUGCCAGUAUUUAUAUGGAGCACCUGCAACAACAUCCAGAACUUAAUGCAUAUUUUUGCCCCAUCUGUCCUCACACUUUUUCCAAUGCUACAAGUUUGAAGAACCACCAACAGGAAUGGCAUCAGUCAAGCAUGCCUCAUUUAUGUGACAUCUGUGGGAAAGGUUUUUCGACUUCCAUAGUCCUAAAGCGUCACAGAGUAUUGCAUUGCUUUAAGAACUCACAGGUGGAUAUGCCUUAUGUGGUUGAUGUCCAGCCUAUGAUGAAACCUUAUGAAUGUGGUAAGUGUUCUGCCAGUUUUAAAACCUUGGAUUUACUUUUCAGUCAUCAGCUUUGCCAUUCACCUAAAGGCCCGAGGUAUCGAAACAAUAACGGACAUGAAAACCUGACGAAGGGUCAACACUCUCCACCGGAUUCAAAUAACCUCCACUUUAAUAAUUCUACAUCUCAUCAAAAUAAUUUAGAACCUUGUCAAGAUCACAUUCAUGGUCAUUGUGUCACUUCCAUCCCUCCAGAUUCAGUUCAAACACAAACCCCAGAGGGAAUGGAUAUCAGUAAUGCACAAAAUAUGACGACCUUGCCUAUAGAGUUAGAAAAACAAGAAGUAAAAAGCUCUUUGUGUAUUCAUGUGAGCUCUAAGGAAAUGCACAGUGGGACUGCUCUAAAGUCCAAAUCAGUGCACAAAGCUGGGCAUCUAGUGUGCACAGACUGUGGUGCUUGUUUUGCUUUACUUCCAGCUUUGCAUGAACAUUACUUGAAACAUGCCAGAGGAGAGAUAUAAAUACGAUGCCAUUAUGAAAGAAUUCUCAUCAUACUUUUUAGAGGACAUUGACCACAAACGCUGCAAGGGAUGUUUGUCAUUUACUACUCUAAGCUCUACAACAGUUUCUACUAGACGUAGAAGUGCACAAUUUAUGGUUUUAAUGUGAAUAGCGUGCUCCUUUAAAAAUGACUGAUAUCUUUUUCUUUCUUUUUUUUAAUCAAAUAAUUGUAGGAGGUGUUCCCUGCAGUUGGAUGUUAACAAUGAAAUAUCAGUUUUUUAGGUCUGUUAAAGCUUUAUAUAUAGUUAUUAACUACUUGUGUAGUUAAGAAUAAUGUUUAAAAUGAUCAUGGUCUGGAAGAUCUAAAACAUCCAAGAGAAAAUAAUAGUUUAGGUAGCUGUUCAAAACUGCUGUACUUUUUUCGUGAUUAAAAUUGGAAAAACAGACGUUGUCCAUUUUACCAUGGUUGUAUUAAGGGUGCUUCAUACUCAAAAGUGUUUUUUUAAUUUUGUGUAUAAUGUUUUGUAUACAUUUUUAUUUAAUAUAUCUGUACUUUUUAUACCUAAAAUGUAUUUUCUCUGUAGUGCAUGUUUUAAAAUGAUCUAAUAAAGCUU